AGAUGGGGAAUUCCGCAGCGGAGUGUGACUGAUGGAAGUAAAGCCAGCGUCCACUCAGCUGAUCCCGACGAUCACAGACGUCUGGUGGUUCCGUUCAGGGGUCACAUCCCAGGUGGGAUGCGGCCGGGGAAGAAGGUGGUGGUGGUGGGCGUGGUCGACUCUCGUCCUGACAGGUUCUACGUCGCCCUGACAUGUGGCCGGGGGACGUCCGGGGAGCCUCCGCCUGAUGUCGCCCUGGAGCUCUGCGUUCGAUUCCCAGACCGACAAGUCCUGCGACGGGCGUGUGUGUCCGGCUCCUGGGGAGACGUCGACAGAUCUGUUCCCUUCUUCCCCUUCAUCAGAGAGCAGCCGUUCAAGAUGGAGAUUCAGUGUGAACAGAGUCGGUUCCGUGUGUUUGUGGACGGACAGAAGCUGUUUGACUUUCAGCACAGACUCACGUCACUCAGCGCCGUCGACACGCUCUGGAUCAAAGGUCACGUCAGCGUCACCAAACUGGCGUGAAAAGACGUCGCUGUCGAACACGAUCGGCUGUUUGAGCCACGAACGACCAGGACUCGUUGUCCGAUGUUUACAUCGAGGACAGUUUAUGAAAGUAACUUGGUUUAUUUACCUUUUCUGGAGGUUCAGUUUCUUCACAAACUGAAUUUUCUGCAGAUGAAACAAAAGAACCUGUAAAAUAUGAUGAUUUGUUUUUGACUAAAUGUUUCAUGUGAUGAUUUAAUAAUUUUCUCUUUAAUUAUUUGAAUCUCUUUCAUUCUGAGCUCCAGAUUAUCAUUGGGACGAAGUUGAUUUCAUGUGAUUAUAUUUUUUGUUAAUCUUAAUUUUAUGAAGCUGCUAAUGUUCCUGUGGUGCAGCGGUUUGACCACAGGGGGGCAGCAGAUGUCGGGUUGGACCAGGUGAAACCAGAGGAAACAAGAUGGUGGGAGAUUGUUUUCUGAAAUAUCACUUCAUGUUUGAACAGAGACAACAGACAGUGUUGGGGGUCACAGAGUCGUCUGUCGUGCGUCUGUUGUGCGUCUGUUGUGUGUGAUUGUUGUUUGUUGUGAGUCGUUGUCGCUCAGACGCUGCAGCUUCACUGAGCUUCUUCAGUUUCAUGGAGUUGCUCCAAUAUUAUCACCUGCUGCCUCCGCUCAUCUAUUAUACAUCAGAGCUACAGUUCACUGACCCGCCAUAGUGUGUGUGUGUGUGUGAGUGUGUG